CGGACUCAGCGGUAAGCGGAUAGUUAGUAGCAGCGCACCAUUCUCAGCAGGAGCGCACCGUUUCCCCAAUAUCAUGGCAGAUCUCAAGGCAGCGAUUGAAACACAAAUGCAGAAGCUCCUGGCCUGCUUCAAGGCUAACGACAUGAAGGGUGUGGCUAGCCUGUACACGGAAGACUGCAAAGUCAUGAUACCGGGGAUGGACACUCUAUAUGGCCCUGAGGGCGCAGAGAAGGUGCACGUGGGUCUAUGGGCCGGCGGUGUGAGGACAGUGGAGAUGAAAACCGACGAAAUUGGACCGAUGGGCAGUGACGUCAUUUACUAUCGAGCCGCCUACACUACGAAGGCUGAGGACGGUAGUGUGACUGACGUCGGCAAGAAUAUCGUGAUUUGGAAGAAAGUUGGCGGAGAAUGGUUCCUCUACAUUGACAUCUUCAACUCAAACAAAGCCUGAAGAUACCUUCAUGUACAUA